AUGGACAUGUCGCAUAUUCCACUCUUCCUCGACGACGACUCCAAAUGGCAGGCCGUCCAGUCGCGCGAUGCCGCAGCCGACGGCUUCUUUGUCUACGGCGUUCGCACCACCAAAGUCUUUUGCCGUCCAACUUGCAAGGCUAGGCUAGCUCGCCGCGCAAAUGUACGCUUCUACGCCUCGGGGGACGAGGCCAAAGAGAACGGCUUCAGAGCAUGCAAACGAUGCAAGCCCGAAGUGCUGGGCCUGAUGCCGGAGGAGGACGCAGUGCAGAAGAUCCGGGCGUUUGUGCGGCAUCACCAGGCUGCCAGCGGCCGAGACCAAGAUAUGAGCGAGUUGAGGAUGAGCCUUAGCCAGAUGGCCAAGAAGACGGGUCUCUCCAAGUGGCAUUUCCAUCGCGUCUUCAAGAAGUGCGUUGGCGUCACUCCCGUGGAGUACCUGAAGAUGUUGCGAGACAAUGCCGCCGGCCUCAGCCCUGGAGCCGAGAGCGAGGGAUCAUUGAGCUGGACCGAUCAGCUGGAUAUGGUCAACUUUGAUAUAGAUUUCGACUUUGGAUUCCUCAACGAUCCGGCAGCCCUAUGCGCGGUCCCGAGCGCCGACGGGUCAGCAACAGCAACGUCACAGAGCGACUGCUCGCUAUUUGCAUUUGACGAUCUCCUAGAUUGGCCCGAGAGCAACGCAAAUGAGUAA